ACUGCCGUUACUACUGCGAGAGUUUUCAGUGAAUUCAGUCCGAGUUGGUCGGGCACAGCGAGCGCGUCUCAAAUUAUAUUUAAAUUGGGAUUUCGAUAUUCUUCCCGAUAAAAAAAAGGUACGACCAACGGACCGGCGAACGAUUCGCGUCGCGCAAUUACUCGACAAAAUAACUGUACUUCAUAAAGUAUUAAUACAGUGCAAAGAUCAGAGAAAAAAAAAUAUUGAAAAUAAAAAAAAGUUGCUAAUAAAUAUUGUCAUGCCACUUAAAGGUACGGUAAAGGUGAUAGCCAGGGCGUGUCUUACAUCAAGAGCAUCCAGUGGAAUAGAUAAGAAUAAUAUGACUAUUAAAACAUCAACGACGCAUUUUCUCAGAGUUGCUAGCAGAGCUUUUUCGACCAGCGGAUCACAGAAUAUGAGGUUUGUGCAAUUCGUGAACAAAAAUGGAGGUCCCCAGCACCUCGGGGUCCAACUACGACCAGGAGGCGAUAUUACGGAUGUUUCAGCGGUCGAUUCAAGAAUGCCGAACAAUCUGAAAAAAUUUUUAGAGGGCGGUGAAGAUCUCUUGAAGAAGGUGAAAAGGAUAGUCGUCGAGGGUCGAAGCAUUGUGUCGGAGGCUGACGUAAACUUUUUAGCUCCGGUUACACGAAUGGAUAAAUUGGCUUGCAUCGGUUUGAACUACAGGGGACAUUGCAGCGAGCAAAAUCUUGAACCCCCUAAAAGUCCCGUAAUUUUCAGCAAAUUUGCAAGCAACAUCGUUGGACCAAACGACAAUAUUGUGCUGCCCAGCAUAUCUGACAAAGUUGACUGGGAAGUUGAGCUUGCGAUAGUGAUAGGAAAAAAAGGUAAAUCGCUCAACAAUCACGAAGCGGAGGAUUACAUCUUCGGGUACACAGUUGCUCAGGAUAUUUCAGCGAGAGAUUGGCAAAAGGGAGGAAGGAAUGGGGGUCAGUUUCUCCUAGGAAAGGGAAUGGACACUUUCUGCCCUUUGGGGCCAGCGGUUAUUACAAAAGAAGCCAUAUGCGAUAUCAAUAAUCUCGCAGUAAAAUCCUGGGUUAACGGUCAGCUCAAACAAGACGGUAAUACCAGCGAGCUUAUCUUCAAACCCCACGAUAUAGUUGCCUAUCUUUCACAAUUUGUAACUUUGCUACCUGGUGAUGUAAUUUUGACUGGUACACCAGCCGGUGUAGGAUUCGCGCGUAAACCACCAGAAUUCUUGAAGAAAGGAGAUAUCCUCGAGUCCGAAAUAGAAAGUAUCGGCCGACUCCGCAACACAGUAGUUUAAUCAUAAAUCAUCGAUUGAUUUUUAUUGAUACAAUCGGAAAUGAUUUUCGUUAAAGAAAUCAUGAAAUUUAAAAUCGCCACAAGAUUGAUCACUACUACGCAAUGCUCAGGAAGUUUGAAAAACAUUUUAUGAAAGGAGAAGAAAAUUGGAAGAAACAGUAAGCAAAGAGACCCAGCCUAAUUGCAUAUGUUAAUGCAAAUAUUGAUAUAGAUAUGAAUUUUAAUAAUUAACGAGUUGAAGGUUCCUUUGUAAAGGACCCGAAGAAAUUUUAAUAGAAAAAAAAAACGUUCAAACCGAAACUGAUUCGUACCAACGAUGUAUUUAUUAGUCGUAAAGUUCCGAGUGCCGGACUGGGGUGCAAGUAAAGGACGAACUGUAAGUUCCAACUAUUAUGUAUAGAUUUUAACGUUAAAACUAAAUAGGCAAGAGAUUUUUACAUUUUAUUAGUUACUUAAUUUCUGUAUCUUCAGUUUCCUAAACUAGGUAUAAAUCCGUCGUCGAAUGUCGAUCAUUUAUGUAUUUGUUAUAAAUUUUCACCGAUAUGUUGCUACAUAAAAACAUAUUUCUAUAGAAAAA